AUGUGUGUGCAGUUCCAGGCCUGUGACCCCACUGGGAUCACGGAGAAGUGGUGGGAUGGUUCCCAUGACUGGAGUGUUGCAAUGGAGGGAUACAGACUCUUUAGGAAGGACGGGCUGGGAAGACCAGGAGUUGCCCUUUAUGUGAGAAAACAGCUGGAGUGCCUGGAGCUCUUCCUGGGGAUGGAUGAGCGGCCAACUGAGACCUUAUGGGUGAGGAUUAAAGAGAGGACAGUCUUCUUCGACCGCAACCGGCCCAGCUUCGACGCCAUCCUCUACUACUACCAGUCCGGGGGGCGGCUCCGGCGGCCGGUCCAUGUGCCCCUCGACAUCUUCCUGGAGGAGAUCCGCUUCUACCAGCUGGGCCAGGAGGCCAUCGAGACCUUCCGGGAAGACGAGGGCUUCAUUCAAGAGGAGGAGAAGCCCCUGCCCCAGCACCACUUCCAGCGCCAGGUCUGGCUGCUCUUUGAGUACCCCGAGAGCUCUGGGCCGGCCCGGGCCAUCGCCAUCGUUUCCGUGCUGGUCAUCCUCAUCUCCAUUGUCAUCUUCUGUCUGGAGACUCUGCCCGAGUUUCGCCAGGAGCCCAAGGGCACCCAGGCCGGCUUCGGGGAGGUGGUGCCGCCCGGACGAGGCGCUGCUGCCACCGCCGCCACUGCCGAGCGGGACUCCGACACCUCUGCGCCCUGCCGCAUUAUCUGGUUCUCCUUUGAGCUCCUCGUCCGCUUCUUUGCCUGUCCCAGCAAGCCUGAGUUCUCCCGCAACAUCAUGAACAUCAUUGACAUUGUGGCCAUCAUCCCCUACUUCAUCACUCUGGGCACCGAGCUGGCCCAGCAGCAGCAGCAGAAGCAGCAGCCUGGCGGCAGCAGCACCAACAAUGGAGGCCAGCAGCAAGCCAUGUCCCUGGCCAUCCUUAGAGUUAUCCGCCUGGUCAGAGUCUUCAGGAUCUUCAAGCUCUCCAGGCACUCCAAAGGGCUGCAGAUCUUGGGGAAGACUCUCCAGGCCAGCAUGAGGGAGCUGGGUCUCCUCAUCUUCUUCCUCUUCAUCGGAGUGAUCCUCUUCUCCAGUGCUGUCUACUUUGCAGAGACUGAUGACCCUGACUCCCUGUUCACCAGCAUCCCUGAUGCUUUUUGGUGGGCGGUGGUGUCCAUGACCACCGUGGGCUAUGGGGACAUGUAUCCCAUGACAAUUGGUGGCAAGAUUGUGGGCUCCUUGUGUGCCAUCGCAGGUGUGCUCACCAUUGCCCUCCCUGUCCCUGUCAUUGUGUCCAACUUCAACUACUUCUACCACCGAGAGACUGAUCAUGAAGAGCAAUGCCAGUACACCCACGUCACCUGCGGCCAGCAGCAGUCACCUUUCUCUGAGCCCAAGAAGGGGGACAGCAAUCAGUCUCUCAGCAAAUCUGAAUUCCUGGAAGCAGAAGACCUGGAGUCCAUGAAAUAUUCCAACUUCAUUCCUCCCAACAACCAGGGUUAUAAAGAGAAGAAAAUGCUGACAGAGGUGUGA